CGAAAGCGAAAGCGCUUCACUUUCUCCUGCUCCAGCCUCCAGCCCUGGGAGUCACAAGACGCGGAGCCAAAGGGGCGUCGUCGUCGGCGCUUCCUUGAAAGUCAGCUGGGAAGAAAAAAAGGGGCCGAGGUUCCACGGAGCGAAGAUGCGACCCACGCGGGGUUUGGGGGGACGGGAGGGACUCGCGGGGGGCCUGUUGUUGCUGCUGCUGCUGCUGGUGCUCCUGAAUGCGGGGCGCGGAGAAGUCGGCGGGCCCCAGAGAGCCAACAUCGUUCUCAUCCUCGCCGACGACCAGGAUCUGGUCCUGGGGGGAAUGGGCCCGAUGAAGAAGACCCAAGUUCUGAUGGGUCAAUUUGGGGCUACCUUUGCUAAUGCAUUUGCAGUGACUCCCCUCUGUUGUCCCAGCCGCAGCAGCAUCCUGACAGGCUUGUAUCCCCACAACCACUUGGUGCGGAACAACACCUUGGAAGGGAAUUGCAGCAACGCCGCCUGGCAGAAGUUCCAGGAGCCCUUAAGCUUCCCGGUUUACCUGCAGAAGCAAGGUUACCAAACUUUCUACGCUGGCAAAUACCUCAACCAGUACGGGCACCCGCAAGCGGGCGGCGUUCAGCACGUUCCUAUGGGAUGGACGCAUUGGCUAGGUCUGGUGGGCAAUUCUAAGUACUACAAUUACACCCUUUCGUUGAACGGGCAUGAGGAGAAACACGGAGACCACUACGAAGAGGACUACCUCACGGACCUGCUGACCAACCGGAGCCUGGAGUUCCUACGGAAGCUUUCGCGCCCUCCCUUCCUCAUGGUGUUAGCCCCGCCUGCUGCACACUCGCCCUGGACGGCGGCUCCUCACUACAAGUCCACCUACGGUAGCCUCAAGGCCCCUCGCAAUGGCAGUUUCAAUGUGCACGGGAAGGACAAGCACUGGCUGAUAAAACAAGCGAAGACGCCGAUGUCCAACAGCUCUAUUCAGUUCUUAGACCGUGUUUAUAGAGCCCGGUGGCAAACUUUGUUGUCAGUAGACGAUAUGGUACAGAAAGUGUUGGAUCAGUUGAAGUCCCUUAAAUUGCUGGACAGCACAUAUGUGUUCUACACCUCAGAUCAUGGUUACCACACAGGGCAAUUCUCGUUGCCCAUCGACAAACGGCAACUUUACGAGUUUGAUAUCCGGGUGCCGUUGCUGGUCCGAGGCCCAGGUGUUAAAGGAAAUAAAACAUACCUGGAACCCAUUCUGAAUAUCGACUUGGCGCCCACCUUCUUGGACAUUGCAGGAGUCAAUGCUUCUCAGACCAACAUGGACGGGGUCUCUUUCUUGCCCCUCUUGGUGAACAAGGUACAGAAAUCUGCAUGGCGGUCAGAUUUCCUGGUGCAAUAUACCGGAGAAGGCUACACAACCAGGGACCCCGAGUGUCCGUCCUUGGGACCAGGAGUGUCAGUAAGUGUCCCAACAGGCUUCAUUGUCACGCGCGACACCGUAUUUCGUUACAAAAUCUGUCUCCUGACCAUCACCGCAUGGUCUACUUUUUUCUUGCAGAAUUUUGUGGAAGUGUACAACCUGACUGCAGAUCCCCACCAGCUGUCUAACAUCGCCAAGAGUGUCGACCCUUCGCUGCUCGUGCAGAUGAACCAGAAGCUGAUAAAAUUGCAAGCUUGUUCCGGCGUUGGCUGCCGUACCUGAGGGUUGGAACGCUUUGGCUAGGACCAAGAACCCAAGAAUCCCUUCCCUCGUGAUUUCCUGGCCUGGCGCUCCUCCCGUCUCCAAACGGAAGCGAACGUGGUGCUGCCUAUUAAUUUAGGAUGGCUCGAUCUUUUAAUCCCAAGUUUGCUGGAGUUUGCUGUGCUGGAAUAGGGUUUGGGGUAGAGCAGAAGGGAAAAUGUGGGUGAGGAAUGAAGGCUCUCACCCACUCCAAGGGCACCCAACCUUAGCGACUUUGAGACUUGUGGACUUCAACUCCCAGAAUUCUGGGGGAUUCUGGGAGUUGAGGUCCACAAGUCCAAAAGGUUGCCCACCCCUGCAGACACCCAAUGAAAUUCUAGUGUCUACCUCCCUUCGUUGCUCAUCUUGUCUCCUUUUGGCCAGGCAGUGGGCAAUGAGGUCUCACUUCAGAGUGAAGAAUGUGUCUCAGUCUGGAACUUUCCAAACGUUCUUGGACUACAGCAUCCUACAGCAACUGUCAUCCUUGGGACUACACAUCCCACCUUGCAC